GCAAGGUUGGAGGUUAUCUGGACAUGUGUAGAUACCCACAACUGCCGCCUCUUUUUAGUGAUAAAUUAGAACUUUGCUCUGUUUAUUGUGCAACACUUAUCUUCCGCGCCGGUGUGUGAGUGCUGCGUGUCCGUUAGCGUCCACUCUGCGUGUAUAUGAGUGACAGCAACGCAGACGCUGAGCGGAACGACAGUCCUGCUACAGACAACCACCCCGCGCUGCUCGACUGCUGCGGAGGGCUCAACAACGUCGAUUAUUCCAAGAUGGACUUGACGCUGUUGGAAGCCUUCCUAAAACACAUUCAUGUUUACGACUCCCGCUUGUGUAUUGCUGUGAUUGCCAUCCUUUUUAACCCUUUAUUUUGGAAUGUGGUGGCGAGAUGGGAGCAUCGUACACGAAGACUCUCUGGGCUCUUUGGUAGCCCCUACCUGGCCUGUUGCUGCUUGGGCUUCGUCAUUAUACUGCUAAACAUUUACCGCAGCCACAGUAUGACAGUGGCAAUGAAGGCCCAGGCCAGGUGGGAGGUGAUGGAGAGGACGGAGGUUUUCUACGCUGGGAUAGGUCUUAUGGUGUUUGGUACCCUUCUCGUAGUGAGCAGCUUCCUCGCUCUGGGAUUCACCGGAACCUUCCUGGGUGACUACUUUGGCAUUCUGAUGGAUGAGAAGGUAACAGGCUUUCCUUUCAACAUCACAGAGAACCCAAUGUACUGGGGCAGCACAGCUAACUACCUCGGCUUGGCACUCAUUGGUGCCAGUCCUGUCGGUCUAGUUCUUACUGCCAUAGUGGCCUUGGCAUACAAGGUGGCAAUAAGCUUUGAAGGACCAUUCACCGAACAGAUCUAUCGAGAGAGGAGUCUGCGCCACAAGCAUGAAUAAUUUCCCCCGGGCACGUCCUAUUUCGGGUUCAGAUGAGGAUUCCCUCCGGUGUGAACAGACUGAGAGCCUUGGUCAUUAUUUGACCUCCUCCAUGGAUACGAAGGAAACAUCCCCACUGCUGAUCCGUGUGUUUUUCUGUUAGUUCAAAGUGAUUUUCUGAAAGGGGAAUCUACAUGCAGGAUUUUUUCUGAUCCUGUCACAUGUCAGUCCUUUUGAGAUCGAGAAUCCAAAUAUCGAUAGUAUCGAUUCAAACGCUGGUUUAGUAUCGGAUUAAUAAUUUGCUUCUAUCCCCACAGUUCAGUGUGUAACCUACUUAAUCGUGUUAAAUUUUUUUUUUUUUGUAAAUUAAAAAUAUACCUCAAACAUGCA